AUGUUGACAAGAUAUUUCAACCAAGACCCUAUAGAAAACUUUUUCGGGAAUAUCAGGAGUUAUGGUGUUAGAAACAUUGCUCCAAAUACUGUCUCAUUUGAGGGGACCUUCAAGGCUUUGAUAAUAAAUAAUUAUAGUGAGCCACAUUCAAGUAGAGCAAAUUGUGAAGAAGAUCACAAUGAGUGUCUUCAAAGUUUGGACUCCUUCCUUAAAGAUAAGAACAUAAUAACUCCUGAUAUCCCUGAUACUAAUGAUACUAUUCAUUUUAACAGUGAAAUUUGCUUUGACCAAUCCAUUGAAAUUGAUGCUGGUCAAAGCAAUUAUGUCUGCGGAUGGGUUUUAAAGAGAUUCCUUAAAUUUAUAAUAAAAAGGAUAUGUUUAACAAGUAUAAAUUUAACACAGGACAUAUUUAAAACUACCAGCUCAGGUCAGAUAUAUACUAAAAUAAUAUCUUUAGCUAAAGUUCAAAUACAACCAAAUGAUGGUCUGCCUACGUUUAUAUGCAUGAAUUGUAAUAAAACGUUAGAAAUAUGCUUAGAAUUUGUCAAACUUUGUGAAAAAUCCGAUGAAGUAUUAAGAAAUGCUUUAUUAACAAUAAUAAAAGAUGAAAAUCUUGUGACUGAUGUAAAAAAAAAGAAUUUACAUGUGUGUCAGGACAGUACAAAUUUAUCUUGUUUAAUUGAAGACAAGAAUAAAACAGAACUGAAAAACGAAACAAAUAACAUUAUGAAACCUAAUAAUUGUAAUGAUAAUAUUUCAAAUAAUUUUAGUAAUUUAAAUUUACUUGAAAAGGUAUCUCAAAAACAACAAUGCUUUACUUGUGGAAAAAUUAUGUCUUCCAGAUUUCGUCUCAAAACGCAUCUAGCAACCCAUUCUGGGGAGAAACCCUAUGAAUGUCCACAUUGCAACAAGAAAUUUACUAUAGCACAGAACCUUAAUGUUCAUAUGAGAAUACAUACGGGUGAAAAACCAUUUAACUGCACUAUAUGUGGAGAAACAUUUGCACAAUCCUCAGGAUUAACAGCGCACAAAAGAAAACACACAGGUCAAACACCAUAUCAAUGUGUAUUAUGUCCAAGAAGUUUCCGGACUAUAGGGCAUUUACAAUAUCAUAUCAGAUGUCACACUGGUGAAAAAAAUUAUGAAUGUGAUACAUGUAGUCAUGCCUUUAUUACACGAAGUGACCUAAAACAGCAUCUCUUGACACAUAUUGGAGACAAACCACAUGUUUGUGAAUUGUUGAAAAAGUUAGAAUAUUCAACCAAAAAUAUGUCGAGAGAUAUCUAUUACUCGGAAAAAUAUUAUGAUGAGGAACAUGAAUACAGGCAUGUGGUCCUGCCAAAAGAGAUGGUGAAAUUAGUUCCAAAGAAUCAUCUUAUGUCUGAACAAGAAUGGCGAUCUAUUGGAGUCCAGCAAAGCCAGGGUUGGGUGCAUUACAUGACACACCAACCAGAACCACACAUUUUGCUGUUCCGACGAAAGAAGACCACUACACAAAGUAAG